GACAGCAUUCCCGUGUGAACACAUAAUGUUUUCAUUUUCGAAUUUCGGCCGCAUUUCCGUAAUUAACAAUGGCAUACUCAAAACAUUUAUUGGACUUCAACUUGAAAUUUCCUCCCGUCAAUUCCAACAUACGUGUUAUGUCUCCAAAGCCCACGAGUCUGGAAAUAAGACAAAACGAAAUUUGUCCAAAGGACAACCCCGAGCUACUCAGAAACAACUCCAACAGCUUGUGAUGGCAGAUACCCAUUUUAUGCAGAGACAAAAAGCUGGUGUUCUCCAAGUGUUUCCAAAUGUGCCAUCCACUAUAAAGAACAUGUACUACAAUCUUUCUACCAACCUUAACCCAGCAUAUAGGUAUGAGCAGUCAGUGUCAGCAGUUGGCCGAGUAAACAACCAGCUGGUGUUUCAGUGCUCUUCAAAAGUUAGGUGGCCCAGACCCUUGACUUUUCAGGGAUAUGGAUUCAGCAAGAAAAAUGCUGAAUUGGUAGCCAUGCUUAAGAUCUUGGAGAUGCUGCGUGAAGAGAAAUAUAUUAGUGAAGAUGGCUAUCCAAUAACAAUAUCAUCAGAAGAGCAGGAGAAGAUAAGAAAGGAGUGGAACUCUCCAGUGCCAAUAAGAUUACCAGUAUCCCUAAUGGAAGAAGGAUUUAGUAUUAUACAAAAUUUUCACAAGGAGAUCAAGCCACAGAUGGACAUGAAGACUGACCCAACAGCUGUCACCAUGGCUGGCUUAACAGAAGAGUCUGAUGAUGAAUUUGGAAUAGAAAGUUGCACAGAGGAUAUUGAUGAAGAUAAUUCAUUUUGCUGGGAGGAAGAUAAAGAAAAUAAUUAUGUUCAGGACAUAUUCACUGGCCGUCAGUACAUUGAACCAUCCAGAGAGGAAAAUAUUUACCGAAGUCAGAAAAUGCUUCAGCAACUUCAGGCAAGAGAAAUGUCAGAGGGUAUACAGCCUCAGGCUUCUCUUCCUAUGUCACAUUACAGGGAAGCCCUGCAAACUGCAUUGGACAAGAACAGAGUAGUUGUCAUUGCUGGAGAUACAGGAUGUGGCAAGAGUACACAGGUUCCACAGAUGAUUAAGAUGAGUGGAUAGGAAGGGCAAUGGUGCUAACUGC